CUAAGCCGUCACAGAUUAUCCCUUACUCCUGCUUCUCGCGAGUCACCUGAUGUCCCCACUUGGCUCCGCGAGAGCGAAAACCCAGAGCUAGCCGGAAACAACGACAAUGAUUUUGUCAUUCCUUCGCUCGCUAAAUGGAUUGAGAACCGCAACCUUGUAAAUGAGAAUAAUGAUGUCAAUCAUCUAAUAUUUGAAGCAGACGUUAGUGAUGUGGAUAAAGCGGUCGAUAUCCUAAAGAAACACUAGCCAUCAACUGAUAGUGUUGUUCAAGCCUUGAAUGAGUGCAGUUUCAAUGCAACAAAUACUUUGAUUUCACAACUUCUGGAAAGAUUUAGCAAUGAUUGGGUUCCAACAUUUGGAGAUUUCAUUUGGGCAAAAAGUUAUGUGCAUCCACCUGAAUUAUAUAAUUCUAUGGUUGAUAUACUAAGGAAGCACAAGAAAUUCAACCUCGUGUAGGAAUUACUCAAGCAAAUGGAGAAUUUAGAAGGGUACAUUUCAUUGGUCACAAUGAGUAACGUGAUGAGAUGGCUAGCUAUAGCUGGCAAAUAUGAAGCUGCUGUUGAUGCAUUUAGAGAGAUUGAGAAAUAUGGUAUAAGUAAAGAUUUAGAGGCAUCGAAUAAAGUAAUGGACACAUUGGUGAAGGAGGGAAGCGUUGAGCAUGCUUACAACGUGUUUAUGGAGUUUAAGGAUUGCAUACCUGUGGAUUUAAGUAGUUUCAAUAUUUUGAUACAUGGGUAUUGCAAAGCAAGGAAAUUAGAGGAUGCAAAAAAGGCUAUGAAUGAAAUCGAGAAACAUGGAUUUCACCCUAAUGUUGUUUCAUACACAUGCUUCAUUGAGUUAUACUGUAAAUUGAAAGACUUUCGAAAUGUCUAGGCAACUUUAAAUGAGAUGUAAGAAAAGGGUUGCAAGCCUAAUGUAAUCACUUAUACCAUUGUUAUGCGCUUGGGGAAAGCAUAUCAAAUAAAUGAAGCAUUGGAGUUCUAUGAGAAAAUGAAAAGAAAUGGUUUUGUGCCUGAUUCUUCAUGCUAUAGCUCUUUGAUUUUUAUCUUAAGUCGAUCUGGAAGGCUCAAGGAUGCUUGGGAUGUUUUUGUGGAUAUGAAAAAACAAGGAGUCAGUCAGAAUUUGUUGACGUAUAAUACCAUGAUAUCUUGUGCUUGUACCCAUUUGGAAGAAGAGAAUGCACUAAAAUUGCUGCAAAGAAUGGAAGAGGAUUCGUGCAAACCAGAUAUAAAGACAUAUGCAUCAUUAUUGAAGAUGUGCUGCAGAAAGAAGAGGAUGAAGGUGCUCAAGUUUUUGUCGAGCUACAUGUUUAAGAACAAUGUUAGCAUUGAACUUAGUACAUAUACUCUUUUGGUGAAUGGGCUUUGCAAGAGUGGCAAGCUUGAUGCUUGCUCGUUCUUUGAAGAAACAGUACUCAAGGGGAUGAUUCCUAAAUAUGACACAUACAAGAUGUUGGUGCAGGAACUUGAACAGAGCAGCUUUUCGUCUAGCCUUCAAAAAGUGUAGCAAGUUUUUGCCUAUUCUAGACCCU